GGGUGGUUGAUGCUUGGUCGAUUCGUUAGGCCUGAUCAGCCGGGUCAAGUUCAAUUUGAAGCGGGAGCGGUUGGAACGGAGCAGCUGGUCCGGGUGUAGAGGUGGAGUGACUGGGCGCAGGCCCGGGGUCGGGACAGGGCAGAACCGGUCCGGCCUAGUCUUCAGACGGACUACGACAUGAGCUAAUGGCCAGGAAACUGAAGCACAAAGCGAGGUUAGUUGUGCAUAGUACCACAAGAUGGCUCUUACUCCUAGAUCAAACAAAUUUCAACAAGUAGAAGGCACACCAUGCCAUGGAUGCAAGAACCUCCAAAUAGGAGUUAAAAUGCAAUCUCAAAAUCUCUUCACAAACAGAAGAGAAAACAUGGAGACACCUAUUGAGAAAAGCAGAACUGCUUUUAUUCCACGACAGCGAUUGGUGACGCCACUAAUUUCAAACACACUGAAUCAUCUGAUCUCUAGUGUUGAAAACAGUCAAAGAAAGUCAGAAAAACCGGUCAGCCCAAAUCUUGAGAUGCUUAGAAUGACACCGGGUCUUCAACAGAAACAAAAGCUUUUACAGGAAAAGCAUUUGAAGGCAAAAUCCUCAGUGGACAAGAUGCCUGUAGGAGGUGGAAUCAGCCUAUGGCCAGAAAUGGAUGAUAUGAGACUUACUAAAAGAGAAGUACUUGUUCUCUUUAUAUCAUCUUUGCUCCUAAUUUUUGCUGUCGUCAUCUUGUUUGAAUACUUGCAUGGUCCAUUACUUUUGCAUUUGAAUUACUACAAUGGUAGAGUGAGGACAUUCCAUGGGUACCACCCUAUUAUAAGCAGCUCAGAAGUAGCACUCAACCAAUCACUCAUAAAGUGGCACAAGGAUUUCUGGAAACUAUUGGAUAACAUUCAACGGCAGUUUGAAGCACCCUUUCAUUGUGUGCAUGUGACCUUCGUCCUGUAUAUAAUGUUUUACAUUGCCGGAAUAGCAGUGCUGCUUUACUACCUAGUGGAUAACAUGAUUCAGAAAAGUAGACUCACUCCAAAGAGAAUAAAGAUCUGGUUGACUCUGCUGGUGGUUACUGCAUCCUGGACCUUUCUUAUGAUAAAGCUGCUGGUUGCUGCACACCACCUGGAGCAAGCAAUUGAAGGAACAGUGUACACAUUGAUAGAAGAACUGGCCAACCUGGCAGUAACUGGUCAUGAUCUUCGCUGCUACCAUGACAUUGUUACCUAUUGGCGAUUCCGAUGCCUUCCUCCAACAACCCGUGGGAUAUUGAACAUCUUCGGAUUAAUUAAAGUCCAUGAUAUCUCCUUUUACUUUCAUUACUAUAGCCUGCCAGUGAUUACUGCAUUGUGUACACCAGUUAUUAAACUAUUACUUGCAUUGAAGACUAUCUACAGCAGGCCACGUGUCUGCUAAACAGACUGUGCAAUUUUAACUUUCUUCCAAAUCAGAUUAUAUGUCUAAUUAAAGAUGCUAUGUCACUGUUUAAAAAUAUAUGUAACUGAUAAUCAAUUUUUAUAUUCUGAUUUGGUAGGUGAUACUUGUUUUGCUAGCAAUAUUGGUCAUAAUUGUAACUAAUUCUAGAGCAGAUAGGUCUUAACUUAUUACUCUCUCACUGGUCUAUAUGACUGCUUGUUUUAAAAGUAAUGUAACUCUUUUAUUCUGGACCAACAUUUUGACUUGUAUAUUGCUGAAAAGAGAUACACAUUCCUGAAGUUUUUUGUCUUGCACUCAUCGAGUACAAGAUGAAAAGCUUCAGCAACAUGUCUCUCUUUUCAGCAAUAUUCAAGUUUGGCACUCCCAAGUGAUUUUGAAUUGUAAUUUAGAAUAGACUUGUACAUUUGUGCAAAAGAUUUAUGAAUACAAUUUUAAAAAGGGGUUUGACUUUGGGAUGAUUUUAGCUACAACUGGAUAUAAUCAUGUACCGUACCUCACGUAAGAGCAGAACAGACUAUUUAGCCCCUUGACCUGCUGCUCCAUUCCAUUAGAUGAUGGCUGAUCUGAACUCCAACUUCACAUCCACUUUUGCUCCAUACAAAAUAGUGGUUCCAACUUGAUGUAUAAAACACAAGGUGUCUGAUAAUACCAUGGCUAGUACUCCUUGUUCUGAAAUUCAGUAAGGCUAUGCUUUAGUUUCUCAGGACAAAUUAAUUAGCACUUCCCACCAUGAUCUUUGCCUAGGGGAGUUUGCAUAUUCCAAAUGAGUUUUGUUGUUUCCUUAGUUUUUUUUCCAACUUGUGUCAAAUUUUCAAUUGACUGUCCGAUGAAGUGUAAUGGACAGGAAGUGCACACUUUUUAACAUGAUAUUAGUAAACCUCGAUGUAGCUGGUAUGCUGAUAAGUUAGAGGAUAUGCUAGAUUUAGUUCCCUUUUUUUGUUACACUUGCAAAUGCAGCACAGAAGUUUAAAGUUGAUACUUGUAAUGUGAUGGACAAAAAAUGUGCAUUAAUUGUGCCAUUUUUACAUUAUGCACAAGCACCUGAGCCAUACAGAGCCAGGAAGGGCCAAAGUUUCAAUCCCUGGACUCUACUGAGUCAGCUCACCUUCACUACAAUUAGCCUCAACCACUUGGGUGAAGGAGUGGACAAAUCAGCCAGGGUUUCCAGACAAGGUUGCCAUUCAGUGAUCCUUGCUGAUCCUGUAUAUGUGGACGUCUGCUGCAGGAAAGAUUGGUUCAUUUAUGAUAUUCCCUGCAGUUGAAGAGUCUGGUAAUGCACACUGCAAAUUGGGAAGCUAGACUGUGAAUGACAGAAGCUGAAAUAAGACUGGAAAAUUUUGUAGCAGUUAUAAGACUGUAGUGAGAACCCUAAUUAUCUUGUUUCUGUAAUACACUAGUAUGAAAUUGUGAUGGGUGAAAGUAAAAAAAACUUUUUACAUAAAUGCAAUUUAACCCAUCUUCAGUCUUUUUUCCAACUAUUAUAUCGUGAAAAAUAUGCAUUAGAUAAUUGAUUUUACACACAAUUACUCAACUUCAAGCUUUCAGUUUCAACAUAAAACACACAGAUCAGAUGGAAAGCUUAACACAACCUACCUCCAGUGUGAUUUAGUCAAGGUACAAUAUGAAAGCAGGCCAUACUCUACAUCUAGACUGGCCUUUUGAAUAAUUACUGAAUGUAAAAAUCACAAUGAAGCACUGCAUUGUUAAUAAAGCAUUGUACUUCUGGUA